UAUAUGAGAGUUCUGUGGCUGUUUAUUUAAACAUCUUGGUUCCCUUACUCCGUCCAUCCCAUAUCAGCAUCACCCUCAUCAUCACCACACUUGUAAAACACAAACUGAUAGCUCUGCAUUCUCAGUCGAUUCAUUAUCUCAGAAACAUCUUAACAAAACCGCUUCAAGAUGCAAUUGGAAAAGACUCUAGUUUUUCUCAGUCUCGCCACCUACGGCGCCGCCGAGAACGACGUCGAUGCGUCCGAUGUCCCGAGCGAGUGUCUCCCAGCGUGUCAGUUCACCAUCGACCUCAGCGCGCGCUGUGACCGCGAGACAGACGACGAUGACACAUACACUCCCUGUGUGUGCAAUGCUCCGGAUUCGAGAAGGCGCCUGACCGAGUGUGCCAGCUGCAUCAGGGACUACGACUCUGAUUCUGAUUCUGACAACGACGUAGCUGACCUCAUGGACGACUGUGGUUGGAAUUUUGAUGACGCCGAUGGCCCUUAUCCCACGGGGUCAACCACGACCGUCACCAGCCCGUCGUCCACGAGCUCUGACACGGCCACCGUUACGGUGACCCAGACGCCAAGUGGAACAACUCGAGGCGUGAGCUCGACUCCGGCCACCGUGAUCGAGACUUCCGGCAUCACGACUGAAACUCGAAGUCAGACUCCUUCCGAUACGACCACAGUCCUUGUUGAGCCUAGCACCACACCUACCGUUGUGCCCGACAACAUGGCCGGCGCGUUAAAUGCCAAGGCUGCUGUCGGCCCCCUUGUCGCCGGGUUGCUCGUGGGCCUUCCCGUUCUCCUCUAAUUUGAACUGCGCGUGAACUGCCUGACCAUACAUUCCUUUGGCCAUGUUCAAAUUUGGCAUUGAAUAGGCAUUUUUGAAGGCGAUUCAUUCCAUUUUUACUUUGCGGAAG